AUGGUGUCGUUAUCAGUAACUGAGCUCAUCGCUCGUUGCGCCAAACAUGUUCUUAGGCAAUAUCUGAAUUCUCUGCCACAGGAGCAACUUGGUUGCGCUAUCUCUCAUCUCCUCAAUGCUGUUUUCGGUAAUUUAUCUUUCGAUCAUUCAUAUGGAAUGAAUGGUGACAGAAAUACGAAGAGAAGUAGUAAGAAGUCAAAGAAGGCAUUCGCUAGCGGAGAAUGGGUUGCUGUGAAUACAAAAGAGUUCUGGAGUGCGCUUUGCCAAGAAUCCAAGAAUUAUUACGCUUUUGAUCUCAAGGCUGACUGUAUCGAUUCGGUUGUGGAACAGUAUGGUAUACAGAAAGUGUCGCUGCUUCGUCGUCUUUGUACUACACUGGGAAUUCAGCUAUUUAGCAGAGACUACCAGCUAGACGCAAGUUCGACCAGAACUCGACAACCGUUUACGGAAGAUGACAUACUAAAUUUAAUACCGGUCACGAAACACAGACAGCCUUGCGCUACUGACGCCAAGAAACUGUUUGCUCGGGGGCAGCAAGCUAUGCAAGUUGGACAUUUGCGUGAAGCUUACGAGUGUAUAGCUGAAUCUGUGGGUUCAUAA